CAAGGCAUUAUUGUGUUUGGUUGUCGCACAACCAGAGAGAGAGAGAGAGAGGGAUAGGAGGGAGGAGGGAAGAGGGACUUUGCUGGGAAGUAGAAACCCUUUCAGAAGGAGGUGUGACUCAGCCGUGGAGACGGAGGAGCAGCUCCCUCAUGUGUGGAUGGAAACUGCUGGAGUCUAUCAACCAAGUUUAUUGAUCACAGGAACUGAUUUAAACUCUCUCCAAAUGAUUGGAAGUCUGAUCUUACUGAUUUAAAGAUCAUCGGAUCGGUUGGAGGACUGACUUGAAGCCAGAUCAACUGAUUUCAGGUUGAUUGAUCGGAGGUCUGUGUUGGAGUUGUUGGAGCCAGGAUGAGCGGAGCAGCAGGGGAGGUGGUGUGUGAAGGCUGGCUGAGAAAGUCACCACCAGAGAAGAAGCUACGCCGUUAUGCGUGGAAGCGGCGUUGGUUCGUGCUGCGGAGCGGUCGGCUAAGCGGGGAGCCCGACGUCCUGCAGUACUUCAAGAACCAGCAGUCCCGCCGGCCAAUCAGGACCAUCAACCUGAACCUGUGUGAACAGGUGGACGCCGGCCUGACGUUUACCAAGAAGGAGCUGGAGAGCAGCUUCGUUUUCGACCUGAGGACGGAGGAGAGGACCUGGUACCUGGUGGCCGAGUCUGAGGAGGACAUGAACCGCUGGGUGUCCUCCAUCUGUCUGCUCUGUGGCUUCAACCCCACCGACGACGGUACGACGGAGACAGAGGGAGGGAAGAAAGUCCCGGAGAGACCUCCCGUCUCCGGCUCGUCCUCCGUCACAGCGAUGACCCCGACCAGUGGCACUGCCGCCGUUGCCACGGUAGCAGGGUUACUCCCACCCCCCUAUGACCCAGUGAAUGUGCGAAACCUGGAGCCCGAUGGAAAUGCAGAAGAAGAUUACCUGUGGCUAUCACACUGCCAGAGUCACAUUGGGCCUCCUUUAGGUUCCUCCACUUCUCUUGAAACUGACUACACCGACAACCCUCCUCCCUCCGCCACCUCCUCCUCCUCUUCCUCUUCCUCCUCUCCUUCCCUGCUUCCCAACGGCCUCCCACUUCCAUCCUCCUCUUCCUCCUCCUCUUCUUCCGGCUUUAGGACAGCCCCUUGGACAGUUGCUUCCAUGACAGGCCCUUUCAGCCAGUCUCCGGAUGCCAGCACGACCUCUGACCUCCAGAGACAAGCCGGCAGACCUCGUUGUCACCCCUCUCCGCAUCCCAGGAAGCACUCCCUGGACUUCCACCUGCGACCCGUGGCGAUACCUCUCAGUGACGAUACACUCUCCGCCGUGCAUCCAAAUACGCACUCCAACACCACCAGUGGUUACCAGAUCCCUCGUCCGGCGUCCACCACGCAACCGCGACCCCCUCGCCGCCCAUCCUCUACCCCCAGUGUGGACUCCCUGACCCAGGCGGAGCUCCACGCCUCCACCCCGACUCCACCUCCACGCCCACCCAAGCCCCAGACCAUCGCGGCCCAGGGAGAGAGCUCGGCUGUGGGCACGUGGCCUGCCACACUCCCCCGCUCCAGCGCAGAGCCGGAGAGGAGGGAUGGAUAUGUGGAGGGAGGGGCAGGAGGUGUGCCGAGGAGCAACACUAUCACAGCACCAGGACGCACACAGACGGGUUGUGAGUCUUUUUACAUCCCUCGGUCUCUGUCCGACAGAGCGAGCAUGUUUGAGUUCAGCGAGAGCUUCAACAGCUACUUUUUUAAUAAAGGCAUGGUGCCGCUGGGUAGUGUUUGCUCUGAAGAUGAUGAUGUGGACGAAAACUAUGUUCCCAUGAGCGCCGCCACCACUGAGCCUCCUGUUGCACCGAGGGUGCCUCCACAUCCUCCCUCUGACCCCUCUGUCCAGCUCCAGGAUGCCAACUACGUCCCCAUGACCCCCCUCACCCCUUCCCUUCCCGUUCACCCCAUCCCUGCCACAGGUGACCUGGCGUCCCUGGGGAGGCAAGUCCCCCCACCCGCCCACAUGGGUUUUCGUAACUCCCCCCUGGCUUCCGGCACUCCCCUCACCCCGCCGCUCCGGAGGAACACCGUGAACACCGGCGGCGGGGUGGAGACCAUGCCCCCUCCGAUCCACCGCAACCUGAAACCACAACGCAGAGGAGUUUGUGUCGGUCAGCCUGCAGAGAGAACGGACGUCCAGACUGCUGCAGAGUCCACACACAAAACCAGAGUGAAACCAGCUCCUCUGGACAUCACUCCAGUGCAGCAGGACUGGCAGGAAGUCCCGCCCCCGGUCCGCUCGCCUGUCACUCGAACCUUCACACGAGAUCCGUCCAGUCGUCCGUCAGUCAGGCCGACCUCUGCUCACAGCUCGUCUCCCUCCUCCGACUCUGAUGACACAGAGGAAAGCUACGUCGCCAUGACGACGGCCCCCAGCCUCAGUUUCAGCGCCGGGGAGCCGUCUCUGAGGCUCAUGCUGCACCGGGCCUCAGAGGGCGGCGUCAGCAGCCCGGUGCUACGGCGAGCCAAAGGCGACAAACAGGUGGAGUACCUGGACCUGGACCUCCACACCGGGCGAUCCACUCCAACGAGACAGAAACGCUGCACGGCAGAAGGUGGAGGCGACGGCAGUGAGCAGGCCGGAGCAGGCGAGGAGCGUGCACGGGGCGAGCGUACGCGUGUGGACUACGUGGUGGUGGACCCCAAAAGAACCAAGGCCCUGAGGAGCACCAGAGAAGCAUGGCAUGAUGGGAGGAUGUCCACGGAGAAGGAGAAAUGAUUGAGAUGUGAACACACUCACAGACGUGAUGUUUGAAACCAGUUACUUUGCUUAAAAGUAAUAAAUUCUUUACUCCACUUCUCUUUUCUAUACGAACAGAAAGAUAUGUCAGUGAUAACAUCUGUAUUGUGUGAUCGGAUGUAUUGAAACUGAGAUUUUAUUUAACUAACUAGAUUAUUUCUUUGCCUCUGAGAAAUGUUGUAGAAAUAAAAACGUAGGUCAAGAUACCAGUUUCUAAAGAACGACAGUCAGCCCAGUUAAAUCCACCAGCAUCAACUCAAGCGUCAGUUAGUUCUCUGAAAUAGUGAACACGAUGGUGGACGAAUCAGAUGUUCUGAUGAUUCACAAAUCAGAAUAAUUAUUAUCAGUGAUCAUUUUCAUAUGUAAUCGUUCCAGCAGCUUCGUGUGCAGCCAGUGAUUCUGUCAAAAUCAAAUCUGUAAUGUUCCUCCUGAUCGAUGAUUCUGUGAUUUACAGUGAUGUCUAGUCCAACAGUGAAUCCAUGAAUAAACACUACACAUCACU